AAAACGGAAAUGAAAGACCAACGGUGAAACGAGUGAAACGCGCUGUUUGAUUAUUUAGAUUCCGUCACAUUCUUUUCUUUUUCUGAUAUAUCAGUUAUUUACAGAGUUUUAGGGCAUGAAUUCUGCCUGUGAGAUAAAACCAAAGAAAACAAUAAAUUAAUAUAAAUACUCGUCGUAUAUUAGUCAGUUUAAAUGAAAUGUGUGUGUUUAUUAAUCAUCGCGGUGAGAUUGUUCAUGUGUCGGUUAGUGAUUGUGAGCGCGCUGCUGUUUAUCGCGCGCGUGCACAACAAACAAACAGCUGAUCACCAAUCCAACAUCGAUACAGCAGCGGAUCAUCGAUCGAUCAGCAAUCAAGAUCAAGACAAAGAUUCGUGCAAAAAAGAGAUGAGGCGAAGUAUCCGCUCUUCUCAGCCAUAUAUGAAGGGCCCCAUCUCAUCCUCGGCCCCACAGGGCUCCUGGAGCCACGCCCUCUAUAUGUUAUUUGGUCAGUGGGCGGAGCCUCCACUGAAGCGGGCGGGGCAGAGAACCACACGGGCCACGGGGAAGUCUGCGCUGUUAUUCCACAAGUGUGCUCAGGUGGAAACAGGAACUGAGCUGGCACAGGUGCGAGUAAUGUUAGUGAUCGCAAACCCUGCAGAGGGGAUUGACCUAUCACGGCUCAGCAUACGUGACACCAUCUCUGACAUCACACUGCUGCAGACCAAUGGGAGCGUUCAGGAGAGAGGAUACCAGACCUUCACAACAGACUCACUGCCUGCUGGUUCUCAGUGUGUGUUUGUGUACAGUUUGAGUGUAACAGGAAACAGAAAUAUGAUUCUGACACUUCCAGCAUUUCUGACCCUCUCCAACUCAACUCAGAAUGAGAUUCAUCCGUAUAGUCCAGUAGUGGCUAAUUUCACUUUGAAGAUUAAGAUUACUCAACAGGUGGAUAACACUCUUCACUUCACUGUGUUUAUCAGCUCAUAUCUGCUGUCGCUUCUGCUGCUGUCUGUCACUGCAGCCGUUGUGAACGUCCUCCUGCGCAGACGGCACAGAUCCACUCAACACACUAGGAGGAGUCUCAGUGAGGAGGCGGGGCCAUACGAGGGGAUGUGUGACAUCACUGAGUCAGCCAAUGAGGAGGCAGCAUUUGAGGAUAAGUUUAUAGAUAUUAUGAUGCUGGAGGAUCCGCAGAACAUGAUUGAUGCGCUUGACAGUUUGCACAUGUCAACCGUGUUGCGCAGUAUGGUUGCGGUGGAGCGUGUGCGUGUGCAGCUGCAUGAAGGGGUUUUGGGCGUGCUGUUGGGUGGCGUCGUGAGCGCGCAAGCACAGCAGCGUGUUCUGGGCGUUGUGCGCGGGCAGAUUGUUGGCAUGGAAGGAAAAGUGCAGGAGGAACACGUGACACGCAUGACGACACUCGCCGCUCAGUGCAGCCUGGAGACAAGAGAGGAAAUGCAAUCACAGCAACGCAAACACGCCACAGAAACGUCACGCGCGGAACGACUGUUUCAACACGCGCAACAACAGGACGCGCUGGACUUUGCUGUUCUGUUGGAGAAGCUGCAUAAGGAAGAGCAGCAGCAUCUGCAGAGGUGGCUUCUGGCCAGACAUGAACACGUGUCUGCGCAGGCACAGAGGCAGCAGGCGCUGCAGCGUAGAUUCGAGCUGCACAAGAUCUUCGGCGAGGAGCUGGUUGAGGCGACGAGAACGGGCGAGCUGCAGAAAAACAUUGCAGACAAACUCCUGAUGCAGUACUACAGCUGUCAGGACAGUCUGGAGGAGGUGCUUGAUGUGCUUGUAGCCAAUCAGAGAGCGCUGCUGACAGAGCGUCACGCCCAGCGCCGGUUCCUGCUGCAGAGUUUACUGACUCUUCUGUCCGUGAUGAUCGGUGCAUUCGACAGCAGUGCUCAAACACACGGAGUGUGUGUUGUGUCUCAGCAGUGUUCCGAUGGCCAGUUUUACAUUCUGCGUGUGAAACAGGAUUUAGAAGAAACUCUGAGACGUGAGCGCAGCACCAUCCGCUGUGACAUCAUCAAGAGGAGACGACAGCUCCUAUCAGAGAUGGUGUGUGAGCACAGGCGUGAGCUGCAGGUGUUGCAUCGUGUCUCUGAUGUCUCAGUCAAUCAGUAUCUGCAGAAAUGGACCAAACUGCUGCUGAAGCAAAACACUGAACUAUCAGAACUGAUCAAUAAUCUGGAUGAAGAGACUGCAGCUGCUGUACGCAAGAUGAGUUUGCGUUUGCUGCAGGCUUCAUUAGCACAGCUGAAAGCGCAUGCGGCUGCAGUGUGUCCAGGAGCUGCACGCUUCCUCAUGCAGACGGAGCUUCUUCAGGACAAGCUGCAGCAUCUGGGUAAAGCUGACGCCCGCCGCCUGCGAUCUGCGCAGCGCUUCAUCCAGCACGCCAAACAACAAGAGCUGCAGGAGCAGAGACGCAUCCGAGACGUCUUCAGAGAAUACUGCAGUUGUGUGUGUGCAUGUGAAGCGUCUCUCUCUCAUGAACAGCGGUUGCGUGUUCAGCUGGAGUGUGUGAACGCCGCAUGUGGUCUGGAUUGCUGUCUCGUGCUGCCACAUGCUGUCUGCGCAGUCAAACUGCACCUGCGCGCUGACCCCGCCGUGACCCCUCUGGCCUCAGAGAUGGAGUGCAGGUCAGAGGUCACGGAGCUGCAGCGCAUGCAGAGGAGUGUGCAGGAGAGAAUGCAGCUGCUGACGCAGCACGCAGACACACACAACGACACGCUGCAGAGGGUGUGGCAUGAGGCGUGUGUGUUGCAGGAGCAGCAGCUGCGUGUGUGUGAGGAGCGUGUGGCUGCAUUUCUUGCAUCGCUGCAGUGGGAACAUGCAGAGAAGAUGAUUAAAGUGACAGAGACGCACACAGCCCUGCUGAAACUACACACACUCAUCACAGAAGAGCUGCACAACACCACUGACAUCACACACACUCUACACACACACUGUCUGGCUCUAGAGGAGGCGGAACUUCAGCUUCAGAGGGAGGAGGUGAUGUGGGAGGAGUCAGUGAGGGGGUGGGGCUCACAUGAUGAUGAUGAUGAUGAUGAAGAGGUGGUGUUUGGAGUGGACAGUGACUGUAGUGUUGCUGAUCUCCUGCAGGAGGCGCUCCUCAAACGACAACAGCUCACACAGAGAAUGAGUGACAGAGUGUUAAGGAGAAAUCAAACAUUCGAGCAUCAGACAGAUGAACUGCAGCUGAAGAGACUUUACACAUACUGUCAACAGGAUCUGUAUUUUGCAGCAGCGUUAGUAAAACAGGCUCUGUUGACUGUUCCUGAUCUCCAUGAGCUCCUGCGUCUCCUGCUACCUACAGUACCUGAAGGAGAACUGCUAUCACUCAUAGAUGCGCUAGAACCCACAGCAGGAGCAUGUUCAGGUGUCUCCAGCUCUCUGACAGACAGACUGAAACAAGAAGUGCUGAGCAGAAACCUGUCUCACUCUCCUCCACACACACACAGAGAGACAGACAGGCUGCUCAGGAGACGUCAGCAGGUUCUUCACAAGCUCUUCAGUGCUGCUGGAGAUGCUCACGAGACUCCUCAGAGACACACACAACACUUCCCUCCGACUCGACCUUUGACCCCACAGCCACUGGAGGAGACUGCGAUGACGAGCGGUGACGAGGAGGGGGCGUGGCCAAAAGAGGUUCCCGCCCCUGCCGAGCGACUGUUUAUUUUCCGCUGCGCUGCACCUGCGGCUCAUCUGCACGCGCAAACAUCACGCACACGCACAAAGAAACGCAACUUCCUGAACUUCAAGAAGAACAGCGUCACGCCGCGAUAGAACGGGUUCUGACAAUAUGAUUGUGUGUAUUUUCACAUGGCAUCAGCUGUAAAUAAUCAUCACGCUGCUCUUUACGGGUCGAUGUGUCACUGCUCAUUGUUUCCAUAGUAACGGGAGUUCAGCCGUCAGAUGACAUCAUCAGUGAGACUCUUUUACACUUUUAUUUCAUUGAACAGAUGUCAGACGCCACUCAGUGUUUAUUUGUGAUUACUGUCGAACUGACACUUCUGAUGUAGUGUGUGUGUGUGUGUGUGUGUGUGUGUGUGUGUGUGUGUGUGUGUGUGUGUGUGUGUGUGUGUGUGUGAGUGUGUGUGUGUGUGUGUGUGUAUUUAUCACUUUGUGGGGAACAAAUGUCCCCAUAAGGAUAGUAAAACCCGAAAUGUUUGACCUUGUGGGGACAUUUUGUCGGUCCCCAUGAGGAAAACAGCUUAUAAAUCAUACUAAAUUAUGUUUUUUGAAAAUGUAAAAAUGCAGAAAGUUUUCUGUGAGGGUUAGGUUUAGGGGUAGGGUUAGGUUUAGGGGAUAGAAUAUAAAGUUUGUACAGUAUAAAAACCAUUAUGUCUAUGGAAAGUCCCCAUAAAACAUGGAAACACAACAUGUGUGAGAGUGUGUGAGAGAGAGUGUGUGUGUUUGUGUGUGUGUGUGUGUUUGUGUGUGUGUGAGAGAGUGUGUGAGUGUGAGAGAGUGUGUGUGUGUGUGUGUGAGAGAGAGUGUGUGUGUGAGAGAGAGUGUGUGUGUGAGUGUGUGUGUGAGAGAGAGUGUGUGUGUGUGUGAGAGAGAGUGUGUGUGUGUGUGUGAGAGAGAGUGUGUGUGUGAGAGAGUGUGUGUGUGUGUGUGUGAGAGAGAGAGAGUGUGUGUGUGUGUGAGAGAGAGUGUGUGUGAGAGAGAGAGUGUGUGUGUGUGAGUGUGUGUGUGAGAGAGAGAGUGUGUGUGUGUGAGAGUGUGUGUGUGUGUGAGAGAGAGUGUGAGAGAGAGUGUGUGUGUGUGAGAGAGAGUGAGUGUGUGUGUGUGUGAGAGAGAGAGUGUGUGUGUGUGAGAGAGAGUGUGUGUGUGUGAGAGAGAGUUUGUGUGUGUGAGAGAGAGUGUGUGUGUGUGUCGUUUCUGCUCUUAUGUCUGAUUUGUAUUGAUUAUGAUGAUCUGUAACAUAUAUUAUAAGUGUGACAGGAAGUGUUUACAUGUCAUUAUUAGUUAAAAGAUCAACUGAAUCAGAUGAUUAGUUCAGUUUAUUGUUCAGCCAUGGCCUGAAUAUAUUCAAUUACACUGUCACAGAACCUGUAAUAAUCAGAUCUUUAAUUACUAAUCCUCAUUAAUAAUCACAUCUUUACUCCUCCAUGGCCAUAAUAAUGUUUAUAGAUCAUCAGCACACUAACAUGUUUGUACAGAAGCUGAGGGAUUAUUGAUGUUCAUAUGUUUGAUUAACACAAAUAUCCAUAAAUAACAAAUCAGAGUGAAUAAUUAAGCAUUUUCAUGGACAUUAGAGCAUAAAACACCGAAAUAAAUCAUUCUGGACUU